AUGGAAAGAGAAAAUGCCAACUCUCAUUGUCCUGUCCCUGUUGUUGUUCCUGGUCCAAGGAGUUCGGGACCCGGGCCUCGUCCGCCUUUGGUUAGUGAGCAACCAAUAAUCAGCACUGCUCCUGUUGCAACUGCUUCUCAACCUAAUACACCAACAACUUCACACCCUUCUACACCAACUGCUCCUACGCCUCCAGCAUCCGUUGCAUCUUCUCCACCGGCCACAGAUGCUCGAGAGGAGGGUGCUUCUCCUCCCCAGUCCCCUGACCACAUGAAUUUGGGGCACAAUUACUCACCCCCUUCUCCAGAUCCUCGAGGGAGGAGGGGUGUCACUCUCUCGGUUUCGAAGAGGUGCCAUAUGCUGUCUAGGCCGGUGGGGCUUGCCAACUACCUGAAGUCGCUGGCUUCAGAGAAAGAUAAAAAGUAG